AUGGACGAGUCAAUGAUCCAGUUCAAAGGUAUCUCAUGGCUCAAACAAAAUAUGUUACUAAAACCAAUAAAAAGAGGCUACAAAGUGUGGACUAUAGCUGACAGCGAGACAAGCUAUGUGUUUGAAUUUCAGAUUUAUACGGGGAAACGGGAUGAUCAGUCUACAGAAUUCGGUGUAGGAGCCAAUGUUGUGAAAUGCCUUACCCCCAGGCCACAGCCAAGCGCAGCGCGGAUUGCGGCGCGAAAUGCGGCGCGACAAGCGGUGAGCGGGAAAAACAAAUGGUAG